AUAAUUGCUACCAUUAUAGUGAAGUAAUAAUCAUCAAUAAAGUUUAUGCAGAUCAUAACUAUUAAUUGAAUAUACAUUAUAAUGAUAUAAGAGAUCAAUCAUUCUCCAAUUACAUUAUCUGCGACAAAAUUGAUAGAUUUACUAUCUAUGUAUUCAUUUGAUCUUUAGCGAGUUAUUAGUUUGGUAAGAUCAAUAUGAGGCAGCAGUGCUUGUUUUUGUGCUUGUGCGUGUUUGUGGGAUUUGUUCAAAAUGCCAAGAUUCUCUCCAUUUUCCCCAUGCAUUCCCACAGUCAUUUCACCUUGGGCUUCAAUUUACUUCAGGAAAUGGCCAAAAGAGGACAUCAAAUUACAUUUAUUAGCCCAUAUCCCCAAAAAAAACCCUUGAAAAAUUUUAGAGAUAUAUCGAUUGCCAACAUAAAGCCUGCAUUAGAUGAAUUGAAAAAAGAGUUGUUCCGUUUGGAGGAUGGUUCACCAAUCGACAAUUUUCGGUAUAUGUCCAAAAUGGGAAGAGCAUUUACAGAGUUAGGUCUAGCAUCAGAAGAGGUUCAAAACCUGUUAAAAUCGAAAAACGAAACUUUUGACGUAAUCCUCAUAGAACAUUUCUACAAUGAGGCGCAGUUUGCUUUGGGUCACCAUUUCAAUGCACCUGUGGUGCUCCUAUCGCCAAUGCCUAGCUCUGUCUUGAAUAACCACCUUUUUGCUAACCCAUCACCGUCUUCUUAUGUGCACAACCUUUUUGCUCCAUUCAUUCAAUAUAUGACUCUAACCGAAAGGCUUAAGAAUUUCUACUACGAUACAAUGAUGGCCUACUACCAGUAUUACGAAGAACUUCCUUUUCAAAAGAAGAUAAUGGAAAAAUUCUUCCCAAAUGCACCACCGUUCGAAGAAAUUCUGUAUAAUUCGAGCCUUCUUCUGAUGAAUUCACACCCCAGUUUCAGUGAUCCUGUACCUCACAUGGCCAAUAUAAUAGAAAUAGGAGGAUAUCAUGUGCUCCCUCCAAAGAAACUACCAGAUGAUUUGCAUAGAUAUUUGAAUGAGUCUAAGAAUGGCGUGGUGUACUUUUCUAUGGGAUCUAUUCUGAAAAGUAAUGUUUUAACUAAAGAGAAGAGAAAAUGCUUCAUCGAAGCUUUUUCGAAGUUGAAAGAAGACGUCUUGUGGAAAUUUGAUAUAGAUAUUGAAGACUUACCACCCAAUGUUAAAAUUUUGAAAUGGGCACCUCAAAAUGAAAUAUUAGCUCAUCCUAAUGUUAAAGCUUUUGUAACGCAUGGCGGCCUGUUGAGCACAAUUGAAACGAUAUAUCAUGGGAAACCUACAAUCGGUAUUCCCGUUUUUAGUGAUCAAAAAUUCAAUAUUGCAGCUUCAGAAAAAUUUGGGUAUGCUAUCAAAGUGCCUUUUGACGGCAUAACUGAGAAAAAAUUGACAAAAGCAUUGAAUGAAAUUUUGAACAAUCCAAGUUACAAGGAAAAUGCCAAGAGAAGAUCGGCAAUAAUGCAUGAUCAACAAGUGAAGCCUAUAGAUAAGGCCAUAUAUUGGAUAGAGUAUGUCAUUCGCCAUAAAGGUGCACCCCACCUACACUGUGCUGCUCUGGAUCUUAGUUGGUAUCAACGUUCAAUGCUUGAUGUACUUGCUAUAAUUGCUGGAGCUAUUUUUGCAGUUAUUUUCAUUUUCACUUUCGCAGUCAAAACAAUGUGUGGGAAAAAACGAAAGACAAACACCAAACUAAAAAAACAGUAAGAACUUUCCAUAAAGAGAGUGAUUUAUCAGUCAUUGAUCAAUAAAAUAAUAUUGUUUUUUUUUUAUGAAUUAUGUCGUAUCUGGAGAAAAACAGGGUAUCUGGAUGAAUGCAAUACUGCAAUAAUGUUUUCAAUUUUAAUAUAAAAUUGUCCAUUGAUUAUAAUAAUCUAAUGAUACUAAUGAAAUGAUUGUUUUUUGUACAUUAUGGACUUUAUACAUGUUUUUUACAAAUUCACACAAUAGCUGAAUUCAAUAUCAUAAUAUUCAAUAAAGAUAGCUAAUUUGAAUUAAUAAAAAAUCAAAUCAGUUUUAAUCGAGUUUUGUUCUUAGUAAUUAAACAAAUGUGCUUGAAUGGCUAUUGUUAAAUCAUAUAUAAUAAUAUAUGCUCAAUAAAUUAAAAGGGAAAACAUUUUUUACAAGCGCUGAAGACAAAACAACAAUAGAUUAUCAUGUUGAUAUUAAUGAUGAGAAUUUUAUUACCAAUAAUGACAACUACAUUUCGAAAAUUAGAUGCAAUAAUUUUCGGUUUGUCCUUAGCAAAUAAUUUCACAGAUUCAUGAGGUAAACACCUAAAACUAAGCAUUGAUUAUUCUGUAGCUAUGUGAUCCACUCAAAACUCUCAAUUUCUCAGAACGGAAAAGAACCGCAAACUGUAUUAGAAAACCAACAAUACCAGAAAUGUUGACAAUCAACAGUUUAUCAUUAGCCAAAAUUUGCACGUAUGCACAAGAUAGACACCACUUCGAAAAAAUCGCAUUCUUCAAAAUGCACUGUUUCAAAAAAAUUAAUUACGGGAUGUUCUUUUACACUGAAACAUCGAACAUACCUAGGGGCCCCAAAACCUUUGGCUAAAAUUUAUUAAAAUCAGUUAGAUGAUAUAUUCUGAUUAGAAAAUCUUCAUUUUUAUAAAGUAAUCUGCUUGUUCAAAAAUUAAAUAAUGUGUUGUAAUGUAAUGUAUAUUAAAUGCCAAAUGAAAAGAAAAAUAGUGUUUAUUUAUACCUUAUCCUUAUACUAAUGUAUUUAAAUUCGAUCAGAUAACUCUGUAAUUAUGGACAAAAUUGUAGUUCCUACGUUGAUAAGCUACCUUGAAAUGGUGAUGAAUUGGAACACGAGAUGAAUUAUGAAUAUAUUAUAGAGUAUUAUCUAUCCAUUAGAAUUUAUGGUAAAAAUACCAUGGUCCCUAAAUGAUUGUGAAUUAAAGAAAUACUGUUUUUUACUUA